AAGGUUGUAGGGGAGUCAAUUAUUAUCUACGGAUAGUAUUUGUCCAAAAGAGAACCCCAAGACAAAUUCGAUCACCACCAUUGAUUUUUGUUUGUCCCUCAAAUUUGAUGGAGCCUCAAAUUGAUUACCGCGGAUUCGAGAAUCUAAGACAGUGGGGGAAGGCUUUCGUAAUACAGGAAAGGAAAGGGUGUGUGUCUUCGCAGUUCACGGUAUAUUGUCAGCUGGCAGUCCUAACUUGUGUGUGUGUGUUUUCUGGAGCGGCAAUUUACAUUAGCCUCGUUGAGCAUCCCGCACGAAUGAGUUGCGGCGCUCUUGUUGCCUUUUCUCAGUGGACACCAAGUUACAAGCGGGCGACUGUGAUGCAGUUGCCACUAGCAGUUCUCAGCACGCUUUUUGGCCUAUUAUCGUGGUGGUCUUCAGCUGAUGGAGGAUGGCUCGCUGGUGCUCUGCUAAUAGGAGCUAUUCCUCCUUUUACGUUCGUUGCAAUCAAGCCAACAAAUGACCUACUACUUGUUCCGGGUGGUGACUUAUCAUCCUUGGAAACCAUAAGGCUACUUAGGAAAUGGGCACAGCUACAUGCUGUUUGGAGUGUUCUUAGCAUAUGUGCUCUUGUUGUGUACCUUUCUUUGCUCACGAAGCCUUAAUAUUCAUAAGCGGGCAUUAGCAUUCAUAUUUUUCUCAUUAUCAAGUGCGUCCAAUUUCAGAAUCAGUGUUUCUAUUCUGUUGUAUCCAGUCAUUAACAAGAAAUUGAAAAAUGCAAUAGAGGAGUAAACUUACGAUAGCACACUUUGGAGGGUCGUGAAAAAACCUUCACCAUGCUAUAUUUUGUUGCUUUGUAUGUUAUUUACAGAUCCAUGAUACAGUUUCAGCAUAUCUAACACCAUUUGGUUAAAGUCGUUCGGUUGCUCGCUUUUGCUUCUGUUUGAUGGAAUUUUUCUAGUUGAGCUUGCAUUUAUCAUUUUGAUUUUGUUGGCUCUUAGUACUGUGAAUCACCUUUUUCCUACUUAUUUCUUGGUUUUGAAUGUGUACAACUUUUUUCAAAUUGUUUCUAACUUUUUGGUUUGUAUAUUUGUUGUAUAUCGGUACAGGAGUGAUGAUAAGAUUGACUUUGCCAAAAAUCGCGCUCUUUCUUCCCUUUUUCUCUGUGUAAACUUUUCGCAAGUAUCCUUGGAAAGACUCACGAAAAUGGCUUGUCAUCUGGUUUGUUGGUGUUUGCAGGAAAUGCAGAAUUGGGUUGCACCAGAUAUAGUCACGUCAUUUUUUGCAUAACUACUUCUGUCAUUAAUAUCAUUCCAAUAAUGUACCCAACUUUCAAACGAUUUAUAAAAACCCAGCAUCACUC